AUGUCCUCACGGUGGAUGCGGCUUUGGCCCAUGGGCUCUCAACCGGGUGCGCCCAGUGGAUCAGUGGCCAUCGUGGACCUUCCUUGCCAUGACUCCACCGUGUGUUUGUCUCGCUGCUGGAACUCGCACGCGAUGAGGCAAGUGGAUUUGCGGGUCACGCUCAUCUCACCCGAGAGGCUCAACACCACCAAAGUCUUUGAUUUCGAGCAGGAGACCAAUGGCUCGGUGAAGUUCCGCCCAGCCGAGCCCGUGGAGGUGGAGCUCGAAGUGGUGAAGACACUCCGCCUCGAGGUUUGGGACGUGGCGCUGCGGCGAAUCAUUGCCGUGGCAGAGAUGGAGACCAAGGACUUGGAGAAGAGGAGGCACUGGCGCCUGCUGUUACAAGAUCCUCUGACCUCUGAGGCGGUCUAUGGAACUGCUCCUCGAGGGCCAGAUUCCUUGGACAGGACCUUGAGGCCUUUGAACAGGAGGCCGAGCUUCCUUCAUCUCCUCAUCCAGGUUUCGGAACCUGGAUCCUUUGUGCAAGAGACACCUUCCAGCGCCUCGACGCCCUCCACGGCAAGCCGCUCAGAGGUCUUCCGCAGUUCAUUGGGUUCCCUCCCCCCUGGCGCCAAAGAAAGCACCGGACGGAAGAAGGUGAUGCUGAUCACCCGAGGAACCCGUGGAGAUGUCCAGCCCUUCGUGGCCUUGGCACGAGGUCUGAUCCUAUACCAUGACUGCGACGUGAUCUUUGUGACUGAGAUCUCCUGGCGGAAUUUCGCCAUGGAUGCACUCAAGGAUCUGCCGGAGGACCGGGUCCGGUUUCGGCCCUGUGGCGGCGACACGGCCCAGCGCGUGAACACGGACCUCUCGCGGAACUUCCUGAGCUUUGGCCAGAACUCCGUGGCCAUCCAAGCGCUGGUCUUCUCCCGGUCGGAGGUGGAGUUCUUUGAGUCGGAAGGAUGUUUCUACCACUGGGCCUGGGAGGAGAAACCUGACUUCAUCGUUUUCGGCUUCCUGCUGAUUCAUGUGGCCAUGAUCAUCUCCGAGGCCUUGACGAUCCCUGUGGUGGGCUUCAUUUUUCAGCCUCACCGGGAGAUCGAACCCUUCCUGGCCGGGAACGCUUUGGAGGAGCUCUUGGGCCCCAUGCGACAAGUCAUGGGUGGUCCGAAGUUCAUCGCCACUCUGCAACAGGUCAUGGAGAAGCUCCCAGACAAGUAUACCCUGAGGCGGGCAUGGGCCACACAUGUUUGA